UGUAUUACAUUCCGUAGAUUACUGAUCUGUAUGUUUAAAUUCCAUCAAUGACUGAGAUACUUAUCUUGAGGCUGGUUCCCUGGACAAGUCUCUCGAUGCACGUGAACGACAUUGUGCCACCACCGACUCGGAAGCGUGCGAAGGGGAGGACACCCAGUACCGUCAUGGCCCCAUCUAUUAGUCGUCCUACUACGGCUUCUUCCCGAGUUUCUGCCUUCCUCCAAAGCUCUCGCAACUACAACUACCUCUAUAUCCACAACUGUUUCAGGCAAGAUACCCCCGCCGAGACAUGCCGUGGUGCUCCAAACGACUCAAUGAGGUCCCAAUGCACCCGCAACACGACCUCCCCAAUUCCAAUUUCCCUUCGUCUCAAUUGUGCUACUAUGCUACCGGGCAAUUGCCUAUGUGGCUUCACAUGCGAAGGCAAGUUAUGCUACAGCCUUUCAAGACUCCCGAGAGCCCGCCCACUUCAAUGCUCGAGCUGGAUAAUGACGACAACGGCGACAAUGAUAACGAGGAGGGCAAAGUCGGUGCGGAUUCAUCGUUUGAUUGUGUUUUUAAUGCGGAUGCGGACGCUCUGGUGGCGACCACGCGGCAGAUGCAUGCAGUUUCUGUGCCGGAGAGCGGUACCGUUGGGGGAGUCCGCACCUUCUUGAUCUUCUCAGGUGACAUCUAUCUGCUCCUCUGCACUCUGCACCUCCCCUAA